UUUAAAGAGACAGAAGCUCACCGCAGCUUGUUGAAACCCACUCUAUUAGCACGUACAGCAAUUAACAAAUUCGUUUGAUAUUGGAAGAAUUGUGAAAGUAAUUUUUAUACUUUACUUUGGAAUAGAUUAGCUAGCAUAAGCCUUAGGUUCUUUAGCCCCUUAGCUUUGCAACGCAGCUCUCCUAGCUAGCUCAACACGAUUGCUGGCUAAUCAGCUACUGUAGAUCCUCUGCUAGCCUAGUUCUUUGGAUCGGACUCAGAUGGGGAUAAUUUGAACCAUGGGAAUACCACGACACUAAGAUGUCAUCUCUCGUGGGGUGUGGAGUCACUGAAGGAAAACUACUUUUGUCGUCAAAUUGAUAUCUGUACGAGGAGAGAGAAUCUGAAUCUCUGAAACUGAUGGACAUGUUUCUGGCCAGUUAUGGGCCAGCACAGUGUUUUUUUCCCAUGAUUCACUCCAUCUCUCACCUAUGUUGCUGCGUGGUCUUCCUGAAUUGGAUUCGGUGUCUAUGGCCCUGAAUGGAAGAUAGAGUUAUGGAACUCUUAUUGCCAUUUAGUAGGGUGGCUAUGAAGGACCUUAAAGGGUAACAUUUGCAGGGAGUGUGCCUCACCCCUGAUCCAGCCCGUACUGCCAAGCAUCCAACUUUGCAAGGGAAGUUGCAGCACACAGGCCUCCCCCAUUGGAAGACUACGAUGACAUGUGUUGUGAAGACAAUGGCUGACGUGUAAUAUCCUCUGAGGUGUUGUGUGCAAAACCAGAGCAAUGAAUGGAGGAAAGGAUCGUGAGGGAGGGGGUUUGGAAGGGAAGACUGCCCCGGUCCAGGUCCCUAUCAGCUGGCAGCGCAAGGUGGAUCCCAGUGGUGUCCACUACAUAAGCCCUAGUGGAUCUGUGCUGUCGAGCCAAGAGCAGGUAAAAAACUACCUGCUCACAGAUGGGACCUGUAAGUGUGGCCUGGAGUGCCCACUUAUCCUUCCAAGGGUGUUUAACUUCGAUCCAGGAGCUGCGGUCAAACAGAGGACAGCAGAGGAUGUGAGGGCAGAUGAAGAUGUCACCAAACUCUGCAUCCACAAGAGAAAGAUUCUGGCUGUAGAAACGCUACACAAGAGUAUGGGGACACACCCGUCUCUGACCCUGAACAGCCCUGGGGGAGGUACAAAUGCAACAGCAAUGGCCUCCACACAUUCCACAACACAGCGAGCAAUAAGGAAUAGGCCCCAUGAGGUGCUGUCCAACCCUGUGGUUCCUGAUUGCAAGAACCCUUUCAAAAUGAUGAUGGCGGCGGGCCAGCAACGGCACUACCCACAAGAGAUGAGCGGCUCCCAGCAUCAGGAUCUCUACCCUGGAUACCCCAGGCAGCAACGGCUUGGGAACGGCGAGCCGGGGCCCAAGUCUCCGUACCGUGCGGGCUACGGGGCCAUGCUGAGUCCACCCUCCUCCAGCUCUCAGCUGUUUGGGGAUGGCUCUCUGUCUCCCAGGACAGACUCUCUGGGCAGCCCAGAUGGGUAUCCUCGGAACAACCCCUGUGGCUUCCCUGGAGGCCACAGCCCAGGCCCUGGCUCCCUCCACGGCAGUAGCAGGACUCGCCUCUCCCCACCUACCAUGCUGCUUCACGGCUCUCCUGCAGCCCAGCCAUCCUGCGCUAUGGCAGGGAGGACUAGCACGCCCCUCUCUCCCACUGCCACUGCCAAAAGCCCAGUCAUGAACAAGCCCCGAGGGAACUUCCCUCCAAGUAUGGAUAUGCCACGUAUGCCGUUUCACCACAAAACACAGCCAGCCCCUCACCCUGGGCCCCCGCCAGCGAUACCUCCUUCCUGUUCCCUCCAGAAAAAGCAGAUGACCUCUGAAAAAGACCCUUUAGGCAUCUUGGACCCCAUCCCCAGUAAGUCCAUUGGUCAGAGCUCCACAAACUCCAACACCUCCAACUUCCAACCUAGUAUCCACUCUCAGGUACCAAUGAUGAAUGUAAACAUCCCCCCUGCCAUUGUCCCUCUGCCCAGCAACCUACCUUUACCCUCAGUCAAGCCUGGGCCGAUGGGCCACUCUCAAAGGACUCAGCAGGCCACCGCCUCCAUGUCCCCCUCCCCUGUCACCUCCCCAGUGCACAUGGCAGGGCCGGCUCUGGGCAGGAUGGAGGCUUCACCCCACCGCUCGCGGUCCUCCUCCACCUCCUCCGACCACGGCAACUUCGUCAUGCCCUCGGGGCCCCAGGCUCCAGGCGGUGGCAUGAAGGUUCCUCCUCGCUCCCCCAGGUCUGCCAUGGGCUCCCCCCGUCCUGCCAUGCCCUCCAGCCCCUCAGCCAAGCCCGACGCACUCCACCAGUACAAAGACAUGCCCAGCCAGCUUCUGUCUGGGAUGAGUAACACCAUCAGCACCCAGCACAAUCCCAUGUUCCCCCCCACCUCGGGCACCAGUGCCCCCCAGAAGGGCCACCCAGGCCUGCUGGGGAUGCCUCUCAACCAGAUACUGAAUCAGCAGAACGCUGCCUCCUUCCCAGCGAGCAGCUUACUGUCAGCAGCAGCCAAAGCACAGCUAGCAAAUCAAAACAAACAGAGUGGCAACAGCAACAGUGGUGGAGGUGCUGGCCUGGGGGGCGCAGAUGGCCUGGGGAGUGGGGCGGGGGGUGGGAACACGGGCGGUAACAGCGGCAGUGGUCAUCCGGGCCCUUUGGGCGCCAUUAGGAGCGCGGAGGGGCACAGCACUUUAAACCCCAUGCUGCCCCCCAACUCCACUAUGCUGCUGACCAUGUCUGAGGGCCAGAGCGGAAGGGCCGCUCUCCGGGACAAGCUCAUGGCCCAGCAGAGAGACCCUCUCCGCAAGCGCAAGCAGGCCAACAGUACCCCUAACCACGACGGCAUGGUCUAUAACAUGCUCAACAAGCCUGCCAUGGGAGGGCCCAUGCCCAACGGCCCGGCAGAACAGCUGAGGAAGGCGGCCCGGCUCGGGGGCCUACCGCCCAACACUUCCAUGGCCCAGCUGCUCCAGUCUAUGAGCUGCCAGAGUUCCCACAUGGCUGGGAACCACCGGCCAGGGCCGGCCGGCCCAGGUCAGAUGCACUACAGCGAUGGGCACAUGGCUCCAGCAGUUUCGCAGCAAAGUUUCCUCUCCCAGCAGAGACUCCUCAGCCAGGGGGAUGGAUUGCACUGCCAGACCAUGGACCCAGGAGGCCACAGCCAGUUCACAGGGAUGAUGAGCCAGAUGCAGGCUGCAUCGCUAGGGAACUGUGGCCCUCUGGGGCCUGGUGGGCCCGGAGGCCCAGACAGCUUGUCUCUGGGGCAGCCCAACAUCAACCCACCUCCCUUGUCCCACCAAAGCCACCACCCCCAGCAGCAGAACCUCCUCCACAGCACCCUGGGUCAUACCAACCAGUCGGCUAUGGCCGUCAACAGCAACGAUAGGAGCUGUGGCCAGCCUCUCUCUAAUCCAGGUGACCCGACGUCCCUCAACUGCGGUAUGCGCAGCCCCCAGCUGGGCAGCCUGCAGCUCCACCACAGUGGGGGGGGUGGUGGCCAGGUGUACCAGCACCACGGCCAGGCCCAGCACCAGUCCCUCCACCACCAGAGCCUGCAGGGCCUCCCCAGGUUUCAGGGCUCCCCGGCCUACUCUGAAGUCCUCUACCCAGACUGCAGCUCCUCCUCCAACUCUAUGGCUUGUCUCUACCAGAACUACCAGGUGUGUUUACCUGACAAUGUCCCUGUCCCCCAAACUCAAAUGAACUCCCAGGCAGGGAUGGCGUCCCUUACCGAAUCGCAGGGCAUGCUCUCCCACCCGCAGUUUGGUGAGGGGCGGGGGGAGCGGCCAGGCCCAGGCGAGGGGCCGCCCCCGGGGGUGUCGGCCUCUGACAGGCUACCGGCAGGUGGCGGCGGCGAAUCGGUGGACGCCAUCUACAGAGCGGUGGUGGACGCCGCCAGCAAGGGCAUGCACGUGGUGAUCACCACCACGGUGAGCGGCACCACAAACACCAGCCCCGUGCCCGCCCUCAGCGCCAUGAGUGCCUUCACUGCCUCCAUAGGGGAUCCGGUCAGCCUCCCCGGUGCGGCCAUCCACAUGCACAGACGCCACCAGGAGGCAGAGGCAGCCCUGAGCCAGCAGCACAGACCCCGGCAGGCCAGGCCAAGCCUGCCCCAGGACAACCCAGAGCAGGGCAAGAGCACCGGUGAAGGGCCAGAAGCCCACGACUAUUUCCGAUCCCUGGGCUGCGGCACCCCCAGAGGACAGUGGGAGGGGGAGGCUCACUCGGGCCUGGACGGCCACAGCGCCUCCUGGGGGGGGGAAGAGUUCCUGGAGUGCUCCACCCAGGUGAGGAGCAGCCCCUGCAUGGAGCGUCCGGGCAGCCUGGCCCCCGCUCCCCCGUGUCCGACUGAUGGCUCCCAAGACCACGGCCCCCCCCUCCUGGACGACGGCUUCCGCUUCAACGCCUGCAGGACGCCCACCGUCAACUACAAGGAGCGCCUGGAGCAGAUGGUGGAGCGCUGCGCCCACAUGAACGGCGGGGCCCCCUUCUCCGUGAGAAGCUACGGAGACAGCCUGGGGCCCCACAGGCAGGAGCUGACGGGGGACGACCAGUCUCCCAGCUCCUCCACCAGCCUGGAGGGCCCCCUGGCCAAGGAGUACGGCCACUACAACGGCCACUUCAACGGCUGCACGCCCAGUCCCUCCGACACCAAGAGCCUGAGCAGCGAGGAGGACCUGCGCCACCCGGACUCGCCCUCGUCCGAGCUGCUCCAGUACCGGCCCAGGAGCUUCAACAUGAGGGACCUGGUGUGGGGCGGCUUCCCCUCCUGGCCGGGCAAGCUGGCCGGGGAGGAACAGGUGCACAACACCAGCUUGCAGCUCCAAGACCAGGGCAAGGUGGAGCCUGAGAAACUGAAGACACUCACUCAUGACCUGGAGGCACUUGAAAGAGCCACGAAACGGAACAGAAGGAACCCUCACUUCCUCCUAGAACUCUCCAUCUCCUCUCCUCUCGUCUGCAUGGAGGAAGUUGUGGAUUUAGCUGGGAAGUUGAAUAAUCACUUAGAAGCUGCUAUACACGAGGCCAUGAGUGAGCUGGACAAGAUGUCGGGCACGGUUCAUCAGUUACCUUCGAGAGAAAAGCAGGUGAAGCUGCCCAAGCCCAAGAGAAGAAAGAUCUCCAGAUAACAUUGAAUGCGUGGUUCUAAGAACUAUACUCAGCCUUGGAACAACGUUCACCAAGCCUUGUGCCGUUUGAACCCUACCAGGUGCUACAAUAUGGAUAGUGGUACAUUCUUGUUCCAUUUAUUCCCUGACUGACUUUGAAGGUGCUGGAAAAGCCAAUCACAAAUACAGUUUUGAAACUGUAAGCAACGGUUGCAAUUUGUCUACAGCUCGCUGAAUAACUAUUUUUUGUUAGAAUAAGAUAUUAAACAAAAUGAAAAAAAAAAUCUUACAUUUAAGAAAAUAGACAGUCCAAAUAUUUCUGAUACAUUUUCAAUAUGUAUAUAGAUAAAACGGAAAUUUCAUGAUAUUAAGAAAGUUUGUAAAUAUUGUACAAUAAUGUCAUGUACAAGCGUACUUAAUGCACAUUUUAUCUUUUAUUGUACAAAACAAAACAGAGGUGUACCAAUGUCUUGGUUUUUAUCCGGUAAACAGUCACUGAGACUGUAUGCAUAGGGUAAAGCUUUUAUACAAUUAUGAUUAUACCUGCUGUUUUUGUA